GCUCCGCGGCGGCAGCCAACCGCCGGAUUUGAAUCAGGUCGGCGCUCUGUGGCUGUGUCGGCGGGAUGGGCGCUUCGUCGUUGCCCCCUGCCUGGCAGCUCUACCUCAAGGACCACCGCAUCUCUACGUUCAAGAACUGGCCGUUCUUGGAGGGCUGCGCCUGCACCCCGGAGCGGAUGGCCGAGGCCGGCUUUAUCCACUGUCCCACUGAGAACGAGCCCGACUUGGCCCAGUGUUUCUUCUGCUUCAAGGAGCUGGAAGGCUGGGAGCCAGAUGAUGACCCUAUAGAGGAGCAUAAAAAGCAUUCAUCUGGUUGUGCUUUCCUUUCUGUAAAGAAGCAGUUUGAAGAAUUAACCCUCAGUGAAUUUUUGAAACUGGACAAAGAAAGAGCCAAGAACAAAAUCGUGAACUUUAACUUGUGGACAGGCAUCCUGGGUUAUCGGGAGAGAGGAAGGGUGAGGCUGUGGGUCCACAACGAGGUGGGUACCAAGCAGCCUGGGCUGUAG